ACUGUGUCUGACUGUGUCUGAGUGCGUCUGAGUGUGUCUGAGUGACGUCUCAGAUUACUUCCAUUGUUCUUCUCACAGCUUCGGUGUUUUCUGCAUUUCUGCAAAUGACAGCAGAAAUGAAUUUUGAUGAAAUUCUCUGCCAUAUUGGAGGUUUUGGAAGGUUCCAGAAAACCUUGUAUGUGUGGAUCUGUCUACCUCAAAUCUUUCUUGCGUUCCACAUGCUGGUCUCAGUGUUCACCGGGGCCGCCCCCCCUCAUUUAUGCGGCUCCACGCGGCCCUCGGCGGCAGCUCCAGCCUUUUCCAACUUCAGCCUUGUGACAGUCCCUGAUGGACGGCCGGAGUUGUCCUGCACAUUCUCCCUGAACCACAGUGACUCUGUGACUACUGAGACUACUAAUAGACAACCUACUGGGAGGUGCCAAGGUGGCUGGGACUACAGCACCGAGACUUUCAAAAGUACCGUAGUAACUGAGUGGGACCUGGUCUGUGAUAGUGCCACCAUGAACAACGUGGGCUCCUCCCUCUACAUGUUUGGCCUACUUGUAGGAGCUGCAGUGUUCGGAAGCUUAGCUGAUAAGUACGGACGCAGGACCAUCAUCCUCGUCAAUCUGGCCACUCAGGCUGUGUUUGGUGUUGGUGCUGCUUUCGCCCCUAACUUCUACAUCUACACUGCCUUUCGCUUUAUGGUUGGAACAUCUGUUUCUGGAGUCAUAAUAAAUGCAUUUGUCCUAGGCACAGAAUGGACGGGAUCUAAGCAUCGGAUGCUGGCCGGUAUAAUAACGGACUACUUCUUUGGUGUUGGUUACAUUUUGCUGGCUGGUGUGGCGUACCUCAUAAGAGACUGGCGCAAACUGCAGCUCACCAUUUCAGCGCCUGGAUUCCUCUUCAUUUUCUACAUCUGGGUGUUACCAAAGUCUGCUCGCUGGUUAAUGGCCAAUGAUAGGAAAGAGGAAGCGUGGGAGCUGAUCCAGAAAGCUGCACACGUGAACGGGCAGCCCCUCGCCAAAGAUCUGGAGAUGUGUAAGGGGUAUGAAAAUACAGAGAAAACAGAGGUGAAGAAAAAACACUCAUGCAUAGAUCUUCUUCGUACCCCUAAAAUGAGGAAGCAGUCUUUGAUUGUUUUCUAUCUCUGGUUUGUCAAUGUGCUGGUGUACUAUGGCCUGUCCCUCAACAUCUCUGACUUUGGCAUGAACAUCUAUCUGACCCAGAUGGUCUUUGGCCUGGUAGAGAUGCCUGCACGCACCAUCACCCUGUUCACCCUCAACCGAUCCCGCAAGAUCUCCCAGCUGGCUUUCCUCGCUGUUGGCGGGACCGCCUGCCUGCUGACCGUCUUCAUCCCCUCUGAUUUAUCUGUCAUCAAAACCGUCCUGGCUAUCAUUGGGAAGUUUGGUAUCACAGCUUCUCUGUCCAUUAUUUAUGUCUACUCCGCUGAGGUGUUCCCCACUGUGGUCAGACAAAACGGGAUCGGUAUUGGCUCCAUGUGUGCUCGGACAGGAGGUGUCCUGGCGCCUAUGAUGUACCUGCUGAGGAACAUCAGUCCUCAUGCUCCCAUGGUGCUUUGUGGCGUCUGCCCCCUGCUGGGCUCUGCCCUAACAUUGCUGCUGCCUGAGACGGCCAAUAAGCCUCUACCUGACACUAUUGAAGACAUCGAGGGAACCAGACUCAGUGAGGAGGAUGGGGGCGUGCAGCCAAUCAUCUGUGAGACUCAGCAGCAUCAGGAGAAACUGACAAACAACAGCAACACAAGUGUGAGCUGCCAAGGUUCAUGAGGUGGUGCAAGUCUUUCAGGAAGAUACCAAAAACAGACGUGAGUUUAUGCUAACUGCACCUUUAGUUGUAGAGCAGGCACAUGGACAAAGAGGCAAAAAAACAAUAACCAAACACUUCCACCGGAUGUAGAGGAUAAAGCAUUAUAAGAUGGAUGGAUAGUCUUUUUAUGGUUAAAUUAUGGAACAGAUGAAUUAAAGCAGAGUAAAAACAUAAAUCAGUUUAAAAUACUCAUUUUAAAUGAACGUAAGGAUGAAGAACAGCAGUUUAAUCCAGGAUGGUAAUGGAAAUGCUCGUGUUGUACUUCAGCAUUCAACAUACAGAACUUUGGAUAAAAUACUGUAAAGAUGUAAAUAUUUGGUAUUACUAUGGUCAUCCAAUAGGUGCGUAGUUGCAGGCUGAGUGAAUCAAAGCACUGUGCAUGCUGCUGUAAGAAGGGAAAUAAGUGUGUAAAUCAAAUGUUUAUGUCUUUUACAUAAAGACGCCUGUGCGCACGCUCGUCUCAAUGUACAAAUAAUUAUUUACUAUUUCAUUUAAUUUAAUAUUAUUAAUUAUUUAUUUUUAUUAAAAUACAAUUAUUUAUUUCAAAUAAUUAUUUAAUUAAUUAUUAAUUAUUUAUUUAUUUAUCAUCAUUAAUCAUUUCAGCUACUUAAAAAUAAAAAAAUCCUGACAGCUCUGAUGGAGCUUGGGAUUCUUCUAUAAGUUCUGCUUUCUUCUAAACAAUCCUGUAUGAACCUGAGACUGUGUGUAGAUAGAACAUGAAGAACUGUAUUCAGUGUGUGUUCACACGUGUCACUCAGGACACAUGUCAGUACCAGGUCUGAGCCAGGUCUUGGUGUUAGCUUGGUUUUGUUGUGAACCACAUUCCUCCUCCUCCUCCUGCUCCUCUCUUAUCCUCUUGUCCCCCAAGGGUCCCCCUAUUGGGGGAAUCUGAUGGAGUUUACGCAAUUUAUCUUUCGUUAAGGAUCACGAAAAGUGAUUUUUGAAAAAACAUUUUUUUGAAAACUUAGUGUCAAAAUGUUCAGAAAACUCUGGUCUACAAAGCUGUAAAAACCUCUUUAAAUGUGACAAACACAGCUCAAAUAACACCUAAAUAAAUAACUACAUGUCAAAUUUCGUAAAUACCGAUGCGUCGAAAAGUUAUUGCGCAUAUCGCCGCAUUUCUGGAGCUGACGCUCAGCCAUCUUGUCCCACACACACACACCUAUGGCUCAAAUGAAAGCUAAGCUACUCUGCCCUUUCCAGUGGUGUAUGAGUAUAAAGUAUAAGUAUAAGUAUAAGGUAAAGCAGUACAGAGAUACACGCCACAGAAUACACACAACACAGAGUCGACAACUGUAAAAAUGCUCUUACCUUUGAUGUUUCUCCGUGAAAAUUAAUCUUUCACCGCAAACAAAGCGCUCCCCGGUUAGACUGACUCCCUGUGUUAAAAUCAAGCGCUCCCUGGCGUCUCUAGGUGACGUCAUCGCGUUUUUAGAAGCAUUACCCUAUCCUAAGGAAGCAGCCAGCCGCGUCACAUCUGCGCGCUCGGUUGUCUCUCAUUGGCGAACGAAGCUGUCAAUCAAACUUCGGAGACGACAGCGUCCUUCUAUUGGCUUUAAGGGAGCCAAUGAGAUGUCGUUCAUUCAUGUGGGCGUUCUCUCGCUGAGAUUCAGGCCAGAGAAGAGAGACAAGUCAGCUGGUGUUUGUGUGUUUUUUAAAUGGAAAACAUCUUAAAGUCAGCAGGAACUUUGAAGCAACGCCAGAAAUGUUUUUAUUGAACAUUAUUAAACAUAUGAAAGUGAAGAAAGUAGUUAAAUACAUGGUUGAAAUCUAAAUGUGACUAAUGAGUCCUCGCCUGAACUCUCAUUUUGUUCUGCUUCACUUGAUCAAAGUCAAACUUUGCAGAGAUUCUGUUCACAGGCUGAGUUUAGAGCGUAUUCUCCAUUAUUCCAGAGAGAUAUUCAUCUUUAUUUUGGGGUUUUUUUCAGGCAAAGUUGAAUUACUUUAAUUUCUUUGGUGUUCUAUCUUCAUUUACUCUUCACCAGUAGUACUUACACUAAUAUUUACACAUCUCAACAAAUCCCACCAGUAUUAAAAUAGGCCUUGUGGUUACAGAGAUAUACUCAUUUUAUUAUGAGUAUGAAAUAUGUGUUCAGAGACCUAAGAAAUAGGCUCAAAUGUUUGUCUUCCUGAUUGAUGCAAAAGUACAGACUGCACAUCUCAGCCAGCCACAGCGCUACUAUUACUGAGUUGU